GAGGGGAAAGGGGUGAGGAAGGAAGGGCUGGGGGCCUAGACCCCUGGGUCUGGGGGAAGAGGGAUUGGGACCAAACCCGUGAGUCUAACGGAGGAAGGGCUGGGGCCCAGACCCCUCGGUCUGAGGGAGGAGGGGUUGGGGGCCAAACCCCUGCAUCUGAAGAAGGAGGGGCUGGGACCUGAAGCCCUGGAUCUGAGGGAGGAGGGUUUGGGGCAGGACCCUUAGGUCUGAGGUCAGGAAUUAGAGGUUCCUGCAGGCCAGGUCAAGCCCUCACAUAUUCGCUGGCUCCCAGGGCACUUCCAGGUGGGCAGGAGCUCACUAUUCUCAGCACCAUGAGCACCACCACCAGUCCAGAAGCUGCCCCAAAGCCAAGUGCAAAGUCCAUCUAUGAGCAGAGGAAGCGUUACUCCACUGUGGUCAUGGCCGAUGUAUCUCAGUAUCCAGUCAAUCACCUGGUGACAUUUUGCCUGGGUGAGGAGGAUGGGGUACACACUGUGGAGGAUGCCUCCAGGAAGCUGGCCGUCAUGGACAGCCAGGGCCGAGUCUGGGCACAGGAGAUGCUGCUGCGUGUGUCCCCCGACCACGUCACCCUGCUCGACCCAGCCUCCAAGGAGGAACUGGAGUCAUACCCGCUGGGCGCCAUCGUACGUUGUGAUGUGGUCGUGCCACCCGGCCGGAACCACUCGCUGCUGCUGCUCGUGUGCCAGGAGCCUGAGCGUGCGCAGCCGGACGUGCACUUCUUUCAAGGCCUGCGCCUGGGGGCGGAGCUGAUCCGCGAGGACAUCCAGGGGGCUCUGCACAACUACCGUUCGGGCCGCAGCGAGCGCAGGGCCGCGGCGCUCAGGGCCACGCAAGAAGAGCUGCAGCGCUGCCGCUCGCCUGCUGCAGAGACCCCGCCCCUGCAGCGCCGCCCGUCGGUCCGCGCGGUUAUCAGCACAGUGGAGCCGGCUGCAGCCCGCGGGAGACCCCAAGCAGAGCCCAUUCCUGAGGCCCAGGAGGCGCCAAAGCCUGUCCCAGCCGGGACCUCGAGUAGCGCGGACCCGACCUCCCUGGAUCUGGGUCCCCGGGGUCCAGACCUGGCCAGUCUGCAGGCGGAGCGAGACGUGGACAUCCUGAACCACGUGUUCGACGACGUUGAGAACUUCGUGUCGAGGCUGCAGAAGUCGGCGGAGGCGGCCCGAGUGCUGGAGCACCGCGAGCGCGGUCGCAGGACCCGGCGCAGGGCAGCCGGCGACGGGCUGCUAACGCUACGGGCCAAGCCCCCCACGGAGGCCGAGUACACCGACGUACUCCAGAAAAUCAAGUACGCCUUCAGCCUGCUGGCCCGGCUGCGCGGCAACAUCGCCAACCCCUCGUCCCCAGACCUGCUGCACUUCCUGUUUGGACCCCUGCAGAUGAUCGUGAACACUUCUGGCGGCCCGGAGUUCGCGAGCGGCGUGCGGCGGCCGCACUUGACGUGCGAAGCCGUGGCACUGCUGCGAGACAACGUCACUCCGCUGGAAAACGCGCUCUGGAUCUCGCUCGGGGAUUCAUGGACCCGCCCAGGGCUAGGGCUACCCCUGGAGGAGGGACCCCCAUACAGCCCCGAGUUCUACAGCGGCUGGGAACCCCCGGCCACCGACCCGCAGGGCCGCACCUGGGAAGACCCAGUAGAGAAACAGCUACAGCACGAGCGGAGGCGCCGGCAGCAAAGCGCCCCCCAGGUCGCUGUCAAUGGUCACCAAGAUCCAGAACUGGAAUCUGAGCCCCACUUGGAGCCAGAGCCAGCAGGAAAGUGGGUCCUGUGUAAUUAUGACUUCCAGGCCCGCAACAGCAGUGAGCUAUCGGUCAAACAACGGGAUAUAUUGGAGGUCUUGGAUGACAGACGCAAGUGGUGGAAGGUCCGGAACCAGCAAGGACAGGAAGGCUAUGUACCCUAUAACAUCCUGACACCACACCCUGGACCCCAGGUUGACCGCAGCCUGGAUAGCACUCCUCCUGCCCCACCAGCCCUGGCCCCAGCUCCUACUCCAGUUCGGCCCCACUGGGAUAGCUGUGAUAGCCUCAAUAACUUGGACCCCAGCGAGAAAGAGAAAUUCUCCCAGAUGCUCAGUGUCAACGAGGAGCUGCAGGCCCGCCUGGCCCAGGGCCGUUCGGGCCAGAGCCGCGCAGUCCCUGGGCCCCGCGCCCAGGAACUGCAGCUCAGCCCGCGCUCGGACGCCUCGGAGGUUCGCGCCUGGCUGCAAGCCAAGGGCUUUAGCUCUGGGACCGUGGACGCCCUGGGUGUGCUGACUGGGGCGCAGCUUUUCUCGCUGCAAAAGGAGGAGUUUCGGGCGGUGAGCCCGGAGGAGGGCACACGUGUGUAUAGCCAGGUCACUGUGCAGCGCGCGCUGCUGGAGGACAAAGAGAAAGUGUCAGAGCUGGAGGUGGUGAUGGAGAAGCAAAAGAAGAAGGUGGAAGGCGAGAUGGAAAUGGAGGUCAUUUGACACUUCUUGGCUCCUUUGCAAAAAGUGACAAGGCCCCGUAGGAGAAUGGACUCUUCAGACUCUUCCCACCAGUGAAGUUGAUCCUUUGAGGGAUUGCUGAUCAGUCCCUGCCCUGGUCUUCCAUCCUAGGGAACACACUGAACAAUCCUUGCUGGAGUUCCCUCCUGAAAAUCUAGACUGUCUGGGGGAGGAGGGGGCAGCGCAGAGACAAUUUAUAGAAUGCACUAGUAGGCAUCCCCAGAGAGGAGGACUCAGGAGCCCCGCGCAUUGUAAUAUGCUGCCCAGUCUAUAAACAGCCUCCUUUUAGCGGGCAAUGUCAACUGCUGUCCCUUCUCUGCCUGGCUACCAGAGACCCCAAAAACCUGCCCAUCUCAUAGGAGGCUGUCUCACCUCUAUAGUCUCUCUCAACCUUUUGCUUCACCCCUAGGGUCUCAACCCAGGCUUCCUACUGACCUCUGAGCCUACAGCCUAUUCCGUCCUACAGCUUGCCCCAUUUUGUGAACACCAUCCCCUGCUCAAAACCCUUCCCUGACUGCCCAUUGUCCUCUUAGCUCUGUAGCCCACCAUUUGAGGCCUUGCAUGUUUCCUUGCCCACCUCUCCAGCCUCAUCUCUCACAUCCUCAUUCCUCUGUGCAUUCUGGUCCUGCCCUGCUCCACUCCCAAGCUCCCCCAUCAGAUUUCCUUCUGCUCUCCAGCCUGUCUCCCUGGAGUUCACUUUUUACCUGAGGCACCUGAUAGCACCCUCCAGAAUAGGACAGAAUCAGAGAAACAGCCCAGGCAGGAAGAAGCUCUGACUCUCAGUCCUUACUUUUCUGCCUCCUGCCUCAGUUUCCAGGAGCCUCAGAUAUGUCCUAUUUAUUUAUUUAUUUUUUAUUUAUUUAUUUUGAGACAAUCUCAACUUUGUCGCCCUCAAUAGAGUGCUAUGGCAUCAUAGCUCACAGCAACCUCAAAUUCCUGGGCUCAAGCAAUUCUCUUGCUUCAGCCUCCCAAGCAGCUAAGACUACAGGCACUUGCCACAGUGCCCUAUUUUUAGAGAUGAGGUCUCACUCUGGCUCAAACCUGUAAGCUAAGGCAAUCCACCCACCUUAGCCUCCCAGAGUGCUAGGACUACAGGCCUAGAACCUGACCAUUUUAGACAUCCAAGACCCCUUUCCACAUCAGCCCUGCCCCUAUCCCCUACUCACAUACCUGCCUUAGCUCCCCAUGGUCCAUCAGACAAAAUCUAAGCCCCAGCUUGGGGCCAAGAAUUGGUGACUGCCAGGCUCUUUGGCUUCCUAGGCUAUAGGGCUCUCAUUCCCUCUUCUUACCAGGCCUCAGUUCAUGCUGUUCCUUCUCCCCAGAAUAACAUUGGCCCUAGAGGGUGUGCAAUCAUCCUUCAACUUCUUGGCUGGGGCCCUGCCCCUCAUUUCUAAGAGAGGUACCAGAAAUGCAAGGGACCCAAACCUCCUUGCUGCAUUUCUCUUACCUCCAUAUGGCCUAUGGCUCACAUAUCUAGGCUCACAUCUAGGCUGCAAACUGAAAUGUCCAUAGGAACCAGACAAGAGACCCGUAAACCAGGCUUCAGCCCUACUCCCAUCACAAACCAACUCAUGGAAACAUCCUGGCAGCCACAUCUUCCUAUAUUCCCAGGAUCUGACCAUUUCUCACCAUCUCCACUGUCAUCACCCUGGUCAAAAACACCAUUGUCUCUUGUUGGGAUUGUACCAGUAAUGUCUUCAUCACGAAGUCCCAGUCCGUUCUCAGCACAGCUGCCAGAAGGACCAAUGAAAGCCUGCCACCCGAGGCCCCUUCACAGCCCAAGUCCUUACCAGGGCCAAAUCUCUGCAUGGCCAGCCACUACCCACUAACCUCAUCUACCCUCUGCUACUUCCUCCAGCCCUACUGCUCCUUCCUGCACCUCAGCACAGGAGGCAUGCUUCUACUCCAGGCCUUUGCACAUGUGGUUCUCAUCAUCCAGAGGACUCUACCCUCAAACACCUACACAGUUCACUCGCUGUGACCUCCAAGUAUCGGUGCCAACCUAGACCACCCUGAAAUAGGUGCAUGUGCCCCCCCUGUCCCUCCAUGGCACCACCACCUGAAGCACAUUUGCUUUAGCAUCAGAUGUUUCCCUUCUAAAAGGUAUUGGGUCUUUGCCUGUUUUGUUCACUACUGUCACACCAGAGGGUAAAAUAGGACCUUGUAAGUAGAAUGUGACCAGCAGUUAUUAAAGAAGGGAUGACUGAACGAACAAAUCCCCCAUCUAAGA